CACUUCUCCUCCUGGCUCAGCUUCUUUCCCUCGAGCGUAGACAACUGUCCGCUUGCGAUUUGAAUUUGGAGUCCUGGAAACCAACUAAGUUGGCGCACCAAGGACGGAAGCGUCGGGGCUUUUGCAACGACUAUGGCAGCUACUACUCGUUCAUACUCAGCGCGGGAAUCGGCUGCCGGUGUGCCAGACGUGAAGUAUCGGCGAACGAACUCGUUGGCUUUCGCGAAGUCGGAUUGCCAUACUUGCUCAUCUCUGGGUGCUCGCUGUGAUCGCCAGCGGCCGAGAUGUACGCCAUGUCAGGACUCCGGCAUUCUGUGUCAGGGUUACUCGAUGAAAUUGACCUGGCACCGGAGUCAUUCCGUGGCCAACAAGCCGCCUAAGGUGGUCAAAUCGGCGAUAAUUCACGAGGCGGCAGGCGACUUAUUACCCAGCUGCGACGACCGUGGGGAUAUCAGUGAUGCACAGCAGUCGACGUCAGCUUGUAACGUUAUCGGUGAUGCACAACAGUCGACGUCAGCUUGUAACGAGAGCUUUGUAGACCUCGGUCGGGCCAAGCGGCACAAGAAAUUCAUGUUCGUGGCGGCACGUCCACCCAAGCGACGAAAGAAGAGUCACAGUGACCAAUCCAUCAAGGGUGAUGUUAGUGCGAUUAGCACGAGGCGGUCGUCGACCAUGGCCUUACCUAAAGCCUCGGUGCAGGUGGUGGAUGAUAAAGCAGAUCCGCAAAUGCCGUUGCAGGUGCAGCAGAGUCAACGGCAAAGUUCAAACACCGCAGAAGAUCGGCCAGUUUUGACUAGCCACGAAGAGGGAGUACAAAUGCAUUUGCUUGCUCCAUCCACCGAUGUUGGUGACCUGGACAUGCCGCCGUUGAGCGAAUGCGAUCCUUCCAGCAGAAGCGUUACAUGGCAGCAACAAGACCUCAACUGGGUUUCUCCUCCAUGUCAGCAACCCUCUGAAAACAUCGAUCUCGAAAGCCUGGAACAAUGCCUGGAGAUUCAACGGCGGCCUCUCAACACGCCGUCUCCUAGCUUCGCCACCGAUAUCAGCCUCGGGUUUUCUCAGAACUUGUGGGAUGAAGAUCUAGACGAACAAUCUCCUUCGUCGGCAGCGCAUUCGACGACCUCGGACUUAUUCGCCCAGGACAUGAUGAUGUCCAUACCUCAAAUGUGCUACUCGACCCUAACGGACAAGUUCUAUGGUCUGUUGGAUAUGUACGACCAAGAAUUCUGCAAAUACCCGAUCACAAACGACUUCUCCGUGAACCCGUAUCGUUACCGGCCAGAGACGACGAGAGGCUCACAGCACCUGCUCCAUGCGAUCGUGGCUCUUUCAUGCCACUUCACUCUGCGAUCUUCCACCCAACCUCAGCCUCCUGCAGACGCUGUCGACCACAAGAACACUGCGCUGGUCCUUUACCAAGGAGCGCUGUCCAAAAAGGACAUCCACAUCCACGGGUUGAGUCUGCUGGACACGGCCAUGGCAUUGUGGCAAUUCGAGGCAACUCUCUCAGCCCUGAACAUCUGGCGCACCCACCUCGGCGAUGCGUACAGCCUGCUCGAACUCUGUGGCGGCAUACCCCGCUGGUCGACUGGAAUCAAAGCCAACAUCCAAGUUGCCAUGUUUCUCUGGUGGGACGCUAUGGUGUCUCUCCUCUGCCGCGAAGAAUGCGUCUUCCCCUAUUCAUACUUCGAAGCCGUGCUCAAAGCCGAAGGCCGCCAGCACUGGACGUUCUACGAACUCAACGGGUGUCCGCGCGAGCUCCUGGUGCCGAUGAUGCAGCUGUCCAAUCUAGCCGCUCGUGAAGCGAGAGAUACUAGUCCUACAUCCAGCGAGACCGUGGCAGGACUUGUCGCGGAGAUCGAGCUUUCGAUCCGUCGGUACGAAUACCAAGGUGGAGGUCUGAGUGAUCUUGUCUUCGAGGGGAUGGACGCGGACGAGGAGGCCCUGCAUAUCGAGCGCGACCGGUACCAUUGCUGUGAGGCAUUUCGGUACUCCCUGCUCAUCUAUAUCCUACGCAUCUUCACGAUCCGCGGGGCGGAUGUCAGGGGUGACGCUGCUGAGCGGAAGCGCGUCCGCGCGAGACUUUCGUUCCUCUCGCGCAUGGCGCUGGAGCACGUCCAUGCCUGUCGGGCCAGCCAUCUGAUUCAGAAACAGGUGCUGUUUCCGGUGUUCGUUGCCGGCGCCGAGUCUAGGGAUCCAGUGCACCGUGGGCUUGUUCGCGACUUUUGUGAGCGAUGGUAUGGCAGGUUCGGAUACCAGAUGUACACGACUGUGCAUGACGUGUUGAGGGCGGUGUGGGCGGAACAGGAUGCAGGGAACGAAGACUACUGGUGGGGAGACGAGCUGGAUUCAAGACGGGCCGUCGAAGGCGUUUUUGUGCAGUUCUGCUUUGGAUAGCUCCCCCAGCUAACGCUUCCGCCGCUACCGCUGGCGUGCCUUGGAGACGGGCCAACGCUGGGAGUGUGAGAGUCUCUGGUAACCACCGAGCCUUGGUUCUCCUUCCUCGCUUGUGUGUGAUGUUGCGUUGGGAUAUAUGGGAUAUAUGGGGGAUACUCCGUACUAGCUAGUAGCUCGAUAGCUCUUUUCUUCAAGUUUCUGCCACCA